AACGUCAGCCGCCCAAUCUGUAUUUUGAGGGAUUUUUGCUUCAUCAAGUGGUAACACGGCUCGAUUCGCGCGACAGCAAACAUCAUUUUCGUUUGUUUCCUACGCUGUUGUACGGUAGAUUCGGGACGGAAAAUCAAGUAAAAUCGAUUCAUCUCACUAGAAACAUUGUUUGCAACGCAAAAAUACAGAGUUCCAUGUGUGAUUAGUGUGGUAAUAGUACUUUUAUCUUUUGCGCUGUGACGCCGUGUGCUGCUGUACGGUAAUCGCAAUCGUCAUUACAACAGGGAGGUACAGAGUUGAAACCGAGAGAAAAUACAACUAGAGCUACCAGUAGCAAAAAAUACCUUGGAUUAUUUCAGUACAGCACGGAUGAACUGCUAGAAAGUAAAAGAUUCCGAAGAAAAGACACGAAUCGCAUAGGUUCGGUUUGUGGUUAAGAAUUUCCUCUCGAAAUUGUUUUCUGAGUAUCGUAAAAAAAGGCUUUUGAUCUCGUGGCUUAGUAUCUAUGGACGGAAACGUCUUUUCCAUUUGGAGUAGUGAAUCAAUUGUACAAUCAUCGUGAGAACAUUUGUUGUGGAUUGAAGAAAACAGUUUAUAGAACAAAAACAGAUUACGAUACCGGCUGAUCGUUCCCGAAGGACACGCGAUUCAGUACGCGGAAAGGUGCGAGUUUGAUUGUCUUGGCAUUAGAAGGGCCAUUGACCUGCCGCCACAGCAGGAAGAAAGCAGCAGCUAGCGGCCAAUGUUGAUAUUUGUGUGAGAAGAGCAGACAAUAGUGCAUACGUUACGAGAUGGGUGCGUUUCUAGAGAAACCGAUGACGGCAAAGCACAAUGAACACGGCGAAGGUAACGGUUUGCGUUACGGUGUUGGUUCGAUGCAAGGAUGGCGCUGCGAAAUGGAGGAUGCACACUACUCCAAGACCGGACUCGGUGAAGGAUUGGAAGAUUGGAACUAUUUCGCGGUGUUCGAUGGUCACGCGGGGCACAAGGUUGCCGAUCACUGUGCGAAGAAUUUACUACAAUCGAUCAUUAGGACGCAGGAAUUCAGCAAUAAUGAUAUUACGAAGGGUAUACAUGCUGGUUUUCUGAAGUUGGACGAAACAAUGCGAGACAUUCCAGAACUGGCCUCCGGAGCGGACAAGUCCGGUACAACGGCUGUGUGUGCUUUUAUUUCUGGCCAAAAUGUGUACGUUGCCAAUUGUGGUGAUUCACGAGCUGUUCUGUGUCGCAACGGUGCACCCGUCUUUUCGACACAAGAUCACAAACCGAUCCUGCCGGGAGAGAAGCAGCGAAUUCAGAACGCCGGUGGUUCGGUGAUGAUUCAGAGGGUAAACGGCAGUCUAGCAGUAUCACGGGCACUUGGGGACUACGAUUUUAAGAACUCAAAAGAACUUGGACAAUGUGAGCAGUUGGUUUCUCCGGAGCCGGAAAUCUUUUGUCAGGAUCGAGAUCCAACCGAUGAAUUUUUGGUGCUUGCCUGCGAUGGUGUCUGGGACGUGAUGAGCAAUGCCAAUCUCUGUCAGUUUGUACACAGCCGAAUGCUGAUCUCGGACAACCUAGAGGACAUUGCCAAUCAGGUUAUCGAUACCUGCUUGCAUAAGGGCAGUCGCGACAACAUGAGCAUAAUCAUAAUCGCAUUUCCGGGUGCUCCCGUGCCGAGCGAGGAAGCCAUCAAGACGGAGGAGAAAUUGGAAGCAACGUUACGCAAGAAGAUUGAGGAUAUCGUCACCGAAAUGGGCCAUAACGUGGAGUACGGGUCAUUGUUGAAGCAGCUAAACGAGCAAGACAUUCCGGAACUGCCGCCCGGCGGUGGGCUCGAUGCCAAGUGUUCAUUCGUGUCGAAAGUAUUCAAAGAGCUGUGCCCAAAACUGGCGGACACAUGCGAGGUGGGUAGCUAUUGAGGCAUUGACGCUUCCUGGGAGAAACGCGCGGUUGCCGAAGCGCAACUGGUUAGAUUGCGCCGCGAACAGCUGCCCGGGCAGGCGUCCGAAGAGGAGGGAAGUGAGUUUUUAGCGGAAAUAACAAAAAAACCUAUUCAUGUAUAGGACAGAGAGCCACCGUGUGAACGUGUGCGAGAGCGUAUGACGUAAUGCGAGAUAUAGAGAGGGAAAUGGAAGGAUGUGACUAAAGGUACAUAUUAUAAAAAAAAUAUUACAUGCAUAAUUAUAGUUUUUAGGUUGAUGUUUCGUUCAAUUUUAUUUUGUUUUUGGAAGAGCGACUCAUUAGAAUCACUGUGUAGAAAAAAAAAGUUUACUAGAGCUGAAACCAGAGAUAAGAGAUAACAUAACAACUCGAGAAAAAGGAAUAUAAUAGUUAUCAAAUAUACUAUAAGGUGUAACAUUAUUGCCAAUCUUCUUGGAUGAAAGAAAUGAAACAGUUUGCUAAUGUUUGAUAGGGCCGGUGUUGUUUCUCUUUCGACAUGAAUUGCAGUGAAGCUGAGUAAGCACCAUCUUUAAAUUUAUAAUUCUGUAAAAGCUACACUUUGGAACAAAAAUUUGACUAUUCUUAAAAAAAUUUAUUCAUGUCGAAAAAUAUAACAAUUUACUUUCACAUUUGCUGUAAUUUAGUAAUCUUUCAUCGCACAUUUUUAAGAAAUGAUACUUUUAUUAGAAAAGUCAAGAUACUUUUAUGAGCAGUUGAGGUACGUUAUUUAUAUGCCACUGCGAAGGGUGUACGUUAUUUGGCCGAAUUUUGUUUGACAUAACUUAUGAUUGGCAUAAUUUCAACUGUGCAUAUUUUCUUUAGAUUCGAUUUGUUCAAGGAGUACUUCAAAAGACUGAAAUACAUAACAGCCGAAUACACUUGGAUUACAGGUUUUUCCGAUUUGUGUUGUUCCGUGUGUUUCAAAAUGGUUUGUUUGCACUAGAAUGCAAAUGUCAGGUCUACGGAAAUCUCCGUAGAUCUAUGCAUUCGGAGAUUUUCCAAAGAUAUACGGAUCCGUAGAAAAAUUACAGAAAUAAGUCCACUACGGAAACUACCGACGACCAGGGCUUCUCUUGUAUUUUCGUUCCGUGUUCGGCUUCGCUAAAGUAUUCGCGGCAAAUGUCAAUCUACGAAAAUGACUCUACAUCAGCGAUGUCAGAUCUACGGAAAUCUCCGUAGAUCUACGGAUCCGUAGACAAAAUCUACGGAAAUUGGAUUUCUUCUACGGAAAUUUGAAUUUAUCAACGGAGAACUACGGAAACUAGUUUUGUCUGACGACCAAAAAAAAAAAGGUUUUCAUCAUCGCGAGAAAAAAGGCAAUCUACGGAAAUGACACUACUACUAUCUGGCAUCGCUCCUCUACAUCUAUCUGGCAUCGCUGCUCCCAUCUUGUUAGGCCAUCUUCGUGCUGACGAUUACAAUUUCUCAAAGUGCGAAGAAAUAUUCUUACUUUGAUCAUAAAUCAAAUAAACAUAGAUUUCCCAUUGUACGUACGGAGACACUAACAGCGCUGCUAGUGGGAAGCGGUUGUACUUUUUUCCAUUAGCUACUGUCAUAAAUAAAAUAAAAUUUGAUUCAUGCUACUGUGGUUGUGUUAAAUGCGCAGGCAACUUUAUGCAUGCAUUUUAUGAGCAUUUACGCACCCAUUCUACACCAGACGGCGCUUUUGAUGUCAUGGGUUGCUCACCUACAUUACUAUUACACUGGGAAAUCUAUGUUUAUUUGAUUUAUGCUUUAUGCUUAGCCUGUCGGUCACAGAUUCUUAAUAUUGAUAUCGUUAUUAGACUAGAUUGUAGCUAAAGGUUAAUAAUUGGUGCGGAGAGUAAGAGCGCUUUCUCAGCUUCACCGUAAAAAAAAACACUGCCCUCGAAACGUAGCAAACUUGGCACUGAAAAACGACUGUUCACCAUAUAAACAAUGAAGUAAAAACAAAACAAUAGCCAAAAAUGUCAUCUCGCUUACUGAAGGUCAUUUAGAUUUGGCAACGCUUCUUGAAGGAAAAUAAACUACGUCGCGCUAUUUUUAUUUUUUGGAAAUUCACCACAUUGCGUCUAAAUGAGACCAAAUAGAGAACAAAUCAUCACAUGCGAAACAAAAACAAUUGAUAGCAAACAUUCGCUCACACAUUUAUUUCCCCAAACAGAUUCAAACAAGUUCAUACACAAGAUAGCAAAAAUACCAUCAUAUAUUUCAUGGACGUUGUAGAACAAUUUGAACUUUCAUGUGUAGUUGCGAUUUUAUAGGUUUCAUGAAUGGCGGGAAACUUCAUCGUAAAACGAAACCUUGAAUACUUGUAAUGUAGUAGCAAAAUGUGUGCCGUUGUAGCGAGAAAACUCGGAAAAAUGCGACGUUGAUGAUUGUUCCAUCAUUGGACUUUUGUUUAUUCUUUUCUAUGGAGGAUAAAAAUACCAAACUGAUGAAGACAUGAAAAAUAUCCAUUUUUUAAACAAAAUAAUUGUACUUUAAGCCGAUAAAAAAACAGAUAAGGUAAUGUGAAGAAAGCGUGUUUAGCAUAUGUGUACAUUGUUUAGGAUCAUAUUUUUAACAGAAGUUUAUACGUAGUGAAAUUCCAUCGAUUCUUUCCUAUACACUGAGAAAACAAACUUCAACACAAGCUUUAUUUUAUUUUUGAAGCAAAGUGUUGCUAGUUUCAAUAUCAUUACCAUAUAGUUUAUGUCGAUUUACUUAAAAGCGGAACGCUCACAAACACACUAAUGCACCGGUGAACGAAAAAGGAGGAAUGUAUGAUCAGAAAUAUAUCAUAAACUAUGGUAACUCAAACAAAUUCUGACGGUUGAGGUUGACAGAUAGUAAAAAGAAGAACGCGAUGAAUGCUUGAGAAUAUCUUCGACACUCCAUAACAUAAGUUGAGUUUAUAUCGUAUUAAAUAUAAUAUUCAAUUCGAGAGAACAAUUCAUAAUAUGAUAUUGAGUAUGAACAGAAUAAAACAAAAUGAUAAGCGCCGUGGCCAAGUAAAACAAAUUAAUCUCCAUUAAUUUGAUAGCAGAACGAUUGCGUUUAUGCUGAUAUAUUGAACAAAACCAUUUCCAAUAUCGAAAAAAUAUAUAAGAUCAUGGUAUUUAUUAUUAAACACAAAAAACAUGUAAAUGGACAAGCUGAACAAAUAGAGUUGGUGUUUUAUUAUUA